AUGAAGACCACUGCUUUUGUAUUAGCUAUUAUUCUUUCAUCGUUUUUCGUAACUAUCAUCCAUGCUAAUGAAGGAAAAAAAUACUCAACAUAUGUAUCCCAAGAUCAACUUCUUGAUUCAUUAAUAGAAAUCAAAUGGCGUGAAUUAUUACUAAGUAAAUAUAAAGAAUCAAUAGCACGAUCACAAAAAAAUAAAAUCAAUCGACCGAAACAAGAAAGUGUUGAAGAGAGUCAUGAACGGACAUUUGUUCGUCGUAAAUUGGUUGGCAUCAGUGAUAAUCCAUUUUAA